CUGAGAUACAGUGGGGUUGGGGAGAGUGCAGUUUCAUCCUGUAGAGAUCUCCCCACAGCCUCAGAGAUAGAAAAGGAGGAAUAUUUUAAAAAGAGAGAAAUACAGAAUGGGAAACACAUAUGUUUUAAGGGGAGAGAGAGGAAGGAUGAUUUAUUGUGGAGCAAGCCAUUGACAAAGCGAGACAAAGACAAGCUGACUGAACAUUCCUGGAGAAAAACUACUCUGACAAGAUUGUGGGAUAGGAAAAGAGGGACAGAAGGAAAGAGGACGGAUCGAGAGAUGCAUGCAGUCAACCGUACUCAUUCGAUGGUCUCCUUAGUGUGUACAGAGCCAUGCCCAGUACACCUGUCGCCACAAUGUGACAGCGACCGUCUGACCACGGAGACAGUCCACAACACUUUAGACUCCUAUGGCACUGUAACCUGGCAACAGCAGAUACCUAGAGCGCUGUAACUUGGCAACAACACUGGGUCACCUCAAUCGAAUUGCCACCACUGAAUCGACUCCUCUGAAUCAACUCCUCUCUGCUGUGAGGAUGCUGAGGGUGUCAAUGGUCCUACUGCAGAGGCAGCUGGUCCUGUGUGUGUGGGUGUGUGUGUCCAGUGCACUAGUGGUCCAUUCCCUGCCAUGGAGCGUCUCCUGCCCGGCAGGGUGUGUGUGUCAGAUCAUGCCCUGGUUUUCCCCCCAGUCAUUGUCCUGCGAGGUUCCAACUGUGGACUGUAACAACCUGUUCCUGACCCAGCUCCCCUCCCCUCUCCCCCUAGACACACACACCCUCUGUCUGCAGAGUAACCUGCUGUCUGCCUUGGAGACACCACUGUUACAGACACUCCCCAACCUCACAGAGCUGGAUCUGUCUCAGAACCGCUUCAGCAGUGUUAGGACACUAACCUCAACCCAGCCCCAGACUCCCUCCCUGCGCUCCCUACUCUCCUUGCACAUGGAGGAGAACCAGCUCCGGUCCCUGCCCCCUGCCGCCUUCUCUUCCCUGCCUGCCCUACAGGAGCUCUUCCUCAGCCACAACCAGCUGGCCUCCCUGGCUCCUAGAGCCUUCUCUGGCUUGGGCUCCCUGCUGCGCCUGCACCUCAACAACAACCACCUGACCUCAAUUGACCCCCUCUGGUUCACCACCCUGCCCUGCCUCCAGGUGCUGAUGCUGGGGGGAAACCCAGUGGAGGUCCUCCCUGAACGGGGCUUCCAGGCGCUGGCGUCUCUACGCAGCCUGGUGCUGGGGGGCAUGGGGCUGAAAGGGUUGCCUGAGAGGGCCCUGGAGGGGCUGGACAGCCUGGAGAGCCUGUCCUUCUACGACAACCUCCUCACCACUGUCCCCACACAGGCUCUGAGGAGGCUCCCAGGCCUGAAGUUCCUGGACCUGAAUAAGAACCGUCUGAGUCUGGUUCAGACAGGGGACUUCAGGGACCUGGUCCACCUGACAGAGCUGGGUCUGAACAACAUGGAGGAGCUGGUGGCCAUCGAGAGGGCAGCCAUGGAGAACCUGCCUGAGCUCACCAAGCUGGAGAUCACCAACAACCCCCGGCUGUCCUACAUCCACCCCCAGGCCUUCUUCCAGCUGGGCAGGCUCGAGAGCCUGAUGCUGAACUCCAACGCUCUGACUGCUCUGCACCAACACACUGUCCUGUCUCUGCCCAGACUGAGGGAGGUCAGCCUGCACUCCAACCCCCUCCGCUGUGACUGCCUGUUUCGCUGGGUGGCUGAGGAGCACCCUCACACAGAUGCUGACGCACACACAGAUACACAGAUGCCACAGGCUGUGAGGUUUAUCCAGCCCCAGGCCACAUUGUGUUCUGAGCCUCCAGAGCUGAGGGCUCGCAGGGUGAGGGAGGUGUCAAUCACAGAGAUGUCAGCCUCCUGCCUCCCCCUCAUCCCCCCUGGCAUCCUCCCCCCCUACGUGGGGGUGAGAGAGGGGGAGAAGCUGGCUCUGCACUGUCGCGCCCUGGCAGAGCCUCAGCCCACAAUCUACUGGGUCACUCCUUCUGGACAGACACUGGGAUCAUCCAACAACACCCACAGCCACAAGCCUGCAUCCAGACCCUACUUCAAGCCUGCAUCCAGACCCUACUCCAAGCCUGCAUCCAGACCCUACUCCAAGCCUGCAUCCAGACCCUACUCCAAGCCUGGAUCCAGACCCUACUCCAAGCCUGCAUCCAGACCCUACUCCAAGCCUGGAUCCAGACCCUACUCCAAGCCUGGAUCCAGACCCUACUCCAAGCCUGGAUCCAGACCCUACUCCAAGCCUGCAUCCAGACCCUACUCCAAGCCUGGAUCCAGACCCUACUCCAAGCCUGGAUCCAGACCCUACUCCAAGCCUGGAUCCAGACCCUACUCCAAGCCUGGAUCCAGACCCUACUCCAAGCCUGGAUCCAGACCCUACUCCAAGCCUGGAUCCAGACCCUACUCCAAGCCUGGAUCCAGACCCUACUCCAAGCCUGGAUCCAGACCCUACUCCAAGCCUAUCUCCAGCCUCAACUCCAAGCCUGCAUCUAGCCAGACAUCCAACUACUCCUCUUACCAUUCCCACUUACCCAGCCCAGCAUCUGGUAAUGCCCCUGUCCUCUUUUCCAGCCUCACCCCUUCCUCUCCCCCCCUCCUCUCCUCCCCUGCCUACCGGCUCCUGCCAGAGGGAACAUUGGAGAUCGUCAUGGUGACAUCCCGGGAUUCGGGUCUGUACACCUGUGUGGCUGAGAACACACUGGGGGCCGACACUCACAGUGUGACUGUAGGGGUGCAGGGGCCAGGGAAGGGGUUGAGGCAACAGAUGUUGGAGGGUAGAGGAUAGGGGUUAAAGAAGAGGGUUUUGAAGGAAGGGAGGUCACAUGAGGGCAAGGGUCAAGACAGCAAGCAUGAGGAGCAGCACACAUAUGAGUAAAGCCUAGCUAUAUAAAUAAUGAAUGAUAUUAUACACAUAAUAACAUACACACAUACUUGCAGUACAUCGUUUCCAAAGAUAACAUUGCUUCCAGGGAUGAUUUAUAGGAUAGAUAUGGCUAUCACUCUUGGCGGGGGUGCAGUUGUAGGUGGUUGUGAAGCCCAAUCCAGGAGGCACAUGUACUGCCGCAGUUGGGACAUGUUAGGGCUGAAUCUGGAGAUGCUUGUGGGAGUGGUUGGGAACAUUGAGGCCUGUAAAUAGGACACAGUGGCAGUACAUACGACAGUGUUGUACAGUCAGAUAUGUAUAUACUUUAUAUAUACAGUACAUUUAGAAAGUAUUAAGACCCCUUGACUUUUUUCACAUUUUGUUAUGUUACAGCCUUGUUCUAAAAUUGAUGACAGUUUUUUUCUAUAAUCAAUCGACACACAAUACUCCAUAAUGACAAAACAAAAACAGGUUUUUAGAAAGUUUUAAAAAUGUAUUAAAAAAAACAACUGAAAUAUGACAUUUACAUAAGUAUUCAGACCCUUUACUCAGUACUUUGUUGAAGCACCUACAGCCUCGAGUCUGUAAUCGCUACAAGCUUGGCACUCCUGUAUUUGGGGAGUUUCUCCCAUUCUUCUCUGCAGAUUCUCUCAGGCUCUGUUGGGUUGGAUGGGGAGAGUUGCUGCUCAGCUAUUUUCUCUCCAGAGAUAUUUGAUGGGGUUCAAGUCCGGGCUCUGGCUGGGCUACUCAAGGACAUUCAGAGACUUGUCACGAAGCCACUCCUGCAUUGUCUUGGCUGUCUGCUUAGGGUCGUUGUCCUGUUGGAAGGUGAACCUUCACCCCAAUCUGAGUACAUGAGUGCUCUGGAGCAGGUUUUCAUCAAGGAUCUCUCUGUACUUUGCUCCGUUCAUCUUUCCCUCGAUCCAGACAACUCUCCCAGUCCCUGCUGUUGAAAAACAUCCCCGCAGCAUGAUGCUGCCACUAUCAUGCUUCACCGUAGGGAUGGUUUCCUCCAGACGUGAUUCUUGGCAUUCAGGCCAAAGAGUUCAAUCUUGGUUUCAUCAGACCAGAGAAUCUUGUUUCUCAUGGCCUGAAAGUCCUUUAGGUGCCUUUUGGCAAACUCCAAGCAGGCUGUCAUGUGCCUUAUACUGAGGAGUGACUUUGGUCUGGCCACCAUUAAGGCCUGAUUGGUGGAGUGCUGCAGAGAUGGUUGUCCUUCUGGAAAUUUAUCCCAUCUCUGCAGAGGAACUCUGGAGCUCUGCCAGAGUGACCAUCGUGUCCCCGAUUGCUCAAUUUGGCUAGGCGGCCAGCUCUAGGAAGAGUCUUGGUGGUUCCAAACUUCUUCCCUUUAAGAAUGAUGGAGGCCGCUGUGUUCUUGGGGACCGUCACAUCAACGCUGAAGAAAUGUUUUGGUACCAGAUCUGUGCCUUGACACAAUCCUGUCUCAGAGUUCUACGACAAUUCCUUCAACCUCAUGGCUUGGUUUUUGCUCUGACGUGCACUGUCAACUGUGGGACCUUAUAUAGAAUAUAUGAUCAAAAGUGUCUGUUUUUGUUUUGUCAUUAUGGGGUAUUGUGUAUAGACUGAUGCGGACAUUUUCCACAAAAUGUGGAAAAAGGGAAGGGGUCUGAAUACUUUCUGAGUGCACUGUAAGCAUAGGCCUACACAUUGACAUGGCUUGAGUUUGUAUAAAGACGACACUCAAACUGUGGUACUUGCCAUAGAGAAAAGAAAUGGACUAUAAUGGACUAUAAGUAUUCUUCACUUACACAAGGGGACAGGCAUUUUCCAAACAGUGUCAUUUUAUUGUAGCCUUUCCCUGCCUUCUUUGAGGUUUUGUAAAUCUAAGUGGUUAAUGUGACCAGCCCUUUCUCACUCCGCCGAUUCCAUCGGCUUCCUGUCACCUUGCGUUAUUCUUCUAUCCUACUGCCUUUACAUAACAUUACCUUGUUUUCCUACCCAGUGUGCCACUUCUAUUUCAAAUAGGAUUGAGAUGUAUCAAAUUCUAUUUUGAGCUAUUAUUAAAAAAGGUUAGACUGAUUUA